UUUUAAAAAAAUCCAAAGAUUUUAAUGAAGGUAACUAUUGAAACUAUUUUAUUUAGUUUAACAUUUCUUAUCCCUUGACAGGAGCUUAAAAGACAGUCGAAAUUGAUGACGACAAGAAAUGGUAAGAACAUUUUAUAUAUAAUUUUUAGCUCAAUCUUUUUUGAUAAGAGAAUGGGUCAAGUCGUUGAAGCUGACAAUUUAGGUGAUGAAUACAAAGGCUACGUGUUCAAAAUCACUGGUGGUAAUGACAAAUAAGGAUUUCCAAUGAGACAAGGUGUCUUAUUCAAGGGCAGAGUGAGAAUUCUCAUGAGAAAGGGUCACAAAGGUUACAGACCCAGAAAAGAUGGUGAAAUGAAGAGAAAAUCAAUUAGAGGAUGCAUUGUCGGUUAAGACAUUAGAGUCCUUGCCUUAUAAGUUGUUAAAAAGGGAGCAAACGAAAUUGCUGGACUUACAGAUCAAAAUGUCCCAAGAAGAUUGGGUCCAAAGAGAUUAACUAAAUUGAGAAGAUUAUUCGGAUUCAAAAAGGCUGACGGUGUUGCUAUAGUUUAAAAGAAUCUCAUCAGAAGAACCUGGACCACAAAGGAUGGAAAGAAGAGAUAAAAGGCUCCAAAGAUCUAAAGACUUGUUACUGAAUCAAGAUUGAGAAGAAAGACCAUUCAAAAGAAGACUGAAACAGCCAGAAGAACAAAAGCAAAGCAAGCUUUGGAAGCAUAUAAAAAGUUGGCUCAUGAUGUUCAUGAGGCUCACAAGAAACACAGAAAAGCCUCUUCUGAAAUCAAAGAAUAGACUAAAACAGCAGCAGUACAAUAUUUAAUCCAUAAUGAUUAGCAACCAAAAUAAACUAAAUAAGCUGCUCCAGUUAAACAGGUUGCUCCAGCCAAAGACUCCAAGAAAGCACCAGUUUAAGCACCUGCUAAGACUGUUCCAGCCAAAACUGCUCCAUAACCAACUCAAAAAGCUCAACCUAAAGCCCAAGCCAAGAAAUGAGGUUAUUAUAAAUGUUGUUUAAGUACAUUAUAUAUAAAUAGUGAC